UUUGUACUUUUUUUAUUUGGGUAGUUCUUAUUUUUCUUGGCUAAUUGCUCUAAGACUUCUGGUACUAUGUUGAAUAGAAGUGAGGGUGGGCACCCUUGUUUCUAACCUGGAGAGGAAAGCUCUCUGCUUUUCACCUGUGUGUGUGAUGAUAGCUGUAGCCUUGAUACCUGUGACCGUUAUUGUGUUGAGGUGCAUUUUCUUCUGUACCCACUGUGUUCAGAGUUUUUAUCAUGAUGGGCAUUGAGUUUUGUCCGAAACUUUCUGCAUCUGCUGAGAUGCUUAUAGGAGUCGUAUCCUUUGUUUCGUGAACGUGUAUCACGUGGAUAGGUUUGUGAGUGUUGGACCAACCUUGCCCCCCUGGAAUAAAUCCCACUGGAUCAUGGUAUAUGAGCCACUUAGUGCAUUGCUGAGUUAGGUGGGCAUUUUGGGAGCUGUGUUUGUCAGGGAUUUGGCGUGUAAUUUUCUUGUCUUGUGGUGUCCCUGUCUGGUUUUGUUACCAGGGUAAUCCUGGCCUUAUUGUAGGAGCACUCCGAAUUCUCUGAAAGGUUUUCUGGACCGUAGGGCCCUCCAUUGAGCACAUUCCCCCAAAAGGGUUUAUGUUCAGCUGGGAGCCCAGAGCCAGAGCCUUGCUUUUGGCCCCGAUGUGGGCGUGUGUCUACGGCGUGUAUAUGGGGAGGCUCCAUGGAGGGUCCUUCACUGGAGCUGGGAGGAUGCUGGGAAGAUGGCAGAACAUGGGCCUCCCCUCCCCUGGGCCAUGUUGCUCCUUUCCUAGGAGCUUGUGUCUUCCAUGCCCUGUGCGGCGAGCUGCCUCGCCUGCUGACUUGAUGUCUCCUGUGCUUGCCCAGGAACAGGCCGGGCUCUUGCCAUGGGCCACUGUCGCCUCUGCCAUGGGAAGUUCUCCUCGCGGAGUCUCCGCAGCAUUUCUGGCAGGUCCCCUGGGGAGAGCUCAGACAGACCCCCCCCAGGGGAACGAGUUUUCAUCAGGGACUUCCAGCAUCUGCUGGGGGUGGCCGUCCACCAGGACCCAGCUCUGUCUCAGUUUGUCUGCAAGAACUGCCACGCCCAGUUCUACCAGUGCCACGGCCUCCUCAAGUCCUUCUUGCAGAGAGUCAACGUCUCCCCGACAGGCCCCCGGAAGACUGGCACGAAUGGACCUGAUCACUUCGAGCCCCCAGGGCCUGCGCGACUUGGUGGCAUGGGUGCAUGGACACGCAGCCAGCUGUGGGGCCCUGCCUAACCUCCAGAGGACGUUGUCCUCCGAGUACUGCGGUGUCAUCCAAGCUGUUUGGGGCUGUGACCAGGGCCACGACUAUACCAUGGAUGCCGACUCCAGCUGCGGGGCCCUCUUGCUGGACAGUGCAUUGGCAGUCAAGUGGACAUGGGACAAGGAGAUGGCCCCGUGGCUGACCCAGCAUCGGGGGUCCAACCCCACUGGGGCUGCCCCUCAGAGUUCCCAGGGCAGAGCAACCACAGCUCCAGCUGAGACCGAGACGCUGCCCAGCACCGACAUGGCCCAUCCUUCUUCAGAUGUCAACCCCGUAGGGCCUGGGCUGGGCCCCUCACCUCGGCCAAGUUUCCCCUCAAGUGGGGCCCCAGGGCGGUUGGGUGAGAAGCAGGUUCCAUCUUCAACCUCGGAUGAUCGGGUAAAAGACGAGUUCAGUGACCUUUCUGAGGGGGACAUCCUGAGUGAAGAUGAAAAUGACAAGAAGCAGAAUGCCCAGUCCUCCGACGAAUCCUUCGAGCCUUACGCAGAAAAGAAGGUCUCUGGCAAAAAGAGUGAAAGCAAAGAAACCAAGAAGUCUGAAGAACCAAGAAUUCGGAAGAAACCCGGCCCCAAGCCAGGCUGGAAGAACCAGCCGCGCUGUGAGAGGGAGGAGCUGCCCACCAUCUACAAGUGCCCUUACCAGGGCUGCACGGCUGUGUACCGAGGGGCCGACGGCAUGAAGAAGCACAUAAAGGAGCACCAUGAGGAGGUCAGGGAGAGGCCCUGCCCCCACCCCGGCUGCAACAAGGUGUUCAUGAUCGACCGCUAUCUGCAGCGCCACGUGAAGCUCAUCCACACGGAGGUGCGGAACUACAUCUGUGACGAGUGUGGACAGACCUUCAAGCAGCGGAAGCACCUUCUCGUCCACCAGAUGCGCCACUCAGGAGCCAAGCCUCUGCAGUGUGAAGUCUGUGGCUUCCAGUGCCGGCAACGGGCGUCUCUCAAGUACCACAUGACUAAACACAAGGCUGAGACCGAGCUGGACUUUGCCUGUGACCAGUGUGGCCGGCGGUUCGAGAAGGCCCACAACCUCAAUGUGCACAUGUCCAUGGUCCACCCUCUGACGCAAACCCAGGACAAGGCACUGCCCCUGGAGCCACCGCCUGGGACUGUGGAGGGCCAGGCCGUCAAGCCCGAGCCCACCUGAACCCAGGCGCUAAAUGGGGUUAAGACAGUUUCGGUAGUUCCUCAUAUGCAACCUGAUGGCACAGCUUUGCUCGCUCACUCCCCUGGAGCCCCCAUGCUGUACCCCCCACCUGUGUGUCAGGAGGGCACUGAUCUGCCGUGUGGUGAAGGUGGGCUCGGUGUGCAACUCGUGUAGCCUUUCCAGCCUCCACUCUGGGACCAGCAUUUUCCUACAUAUACUGAGUGACUCGGGGCCAGAUGGAUUUUAAAUAAUUGAUUCCUGAUCCCCACCAAAGCAAUCAAGGAGAUUUGUAAUCCACUUUUUAGUGCAAAAGCUCCAUGUUAUGCUUGUAAUAAAUUAUUUACAAA